AUGGCCGCAUCUUCACCAGUAUCAGACCAUAUCCCUGACGCAUUUGUCAAUACGGACCCCCUCUUCCGUGAAAAAUUGGACCAGCUGCUAUUGUCUGGGAAUGUCAUGGACGAGCCUACUUUGGAUUCGAUUUUCAACACCUUGACUAAGCACCUGGAAUCUAACGAUGGCAAAGCAAAGCUUUCCGCUAAUGACACCUGUCGCUAUCUGGCACAGCUACGGUCGUUCCAACCAAAGCAUUUCGACGGAAUCCUGGCUCGCUGGGUUUGUGGUCAUCUUCGAUCUCCAGAUCGCGCCACCUUGCUCCGCAUGCUUCCACCUUUGAUAGGGGUUGGAUGUGUUACCAUUAAGUCGUUCUUGUCCCUGGUUAAGAGACUUAGUUCUUUAUCAGCGCCCAUUCCCAAUACUCAGGAUUUACCUUCAGAUCUUGUCGAGCUUCUUGUGUCUCGUGUCGAGAAUGGCAAGUAUCUCGAUUUGGUUUCUUAUCGAUUUCAACUGGCGCAACAGGAAUUUCUUUCCAAGAACUCCGAGGAAGCCCUGAGAAUUGUCUGCAAUGCUGCGACCUCUCUGAACGGUAGCGAUAGCAAGCGAAUUAAGUUGGAGGCAUCUAUGGUGGCACUACUCAGGCAGUUAUUGGUGCAGAACCCUGAUAGUGCUAACCAGAAAUGCAUACAAGAGCUUCUUGAUCAAUACCCGGCAGCCGUUGGCGUUUUUCAACGGGCGCUUAACAUAUUACUUGGCGUCGAUUCGCAGGAAGGAAACUCAGUAAUCUCAGAGGUUGAGAAGCUUGCUGGUACAACGGAUGAUUUCUCGCUCCCGUUCUGCCAGUUAAAGCUUCAAGUUUUAUUCACUGGAGAUCCAGAGACCGAUAAUCGCAAUAGUAUCGUGGACACGAUAUUCAAGAGUGUCGUGGCAAGCUCCCGUGCACAAAAUCUCAAUUGGGUGGAUCUUGUUGCGCUUAUGAACCCAGACGCCAUACGCCAGAUUCGUGAACGCGCUGAGAAGGAGUUCUUUGCUAUCCCGCUACUAGAAGAACCUACUGAUACCCCUACAGCGCCACGCGGCGCCUCAUCUUUGACUUCAGCUAAGCUAUACCUUACCAUUAUUGAGCAGCUCGCUUGCAGCAUUCCAGAGUCCGGAGCUCCUCCAGUUGCCUCGGUUCUUAUAGAGAAGAUGGAUUCUCUCCUUUACAAGAUUAUUACUUUGCAAGCCAAUUUCAACAACAGUGAACAGCACUCCGGGUCCCCAGCUACUCAAGCACGAACCAGUCUCGAACGCUCUCUCGUCUUCUGGUUCUCCGCCCUCUUAAGAAUGGUUGUUCUCCAUCGCGCCUCAUUCAUGCAGCCAUCUCCCACCUUGAAGAUCAAUUCCACCCAUAACCAGUCUCGUGUCCUGAUCUCAAUAUUCUGCAUUGCUCUAUCCCGACUUCCAGGAGACGUAAUCCGUCACUUCCGGGGCACCGUCGAGGACUACCGUCCUUGCCCAGGCAUCCUGCUUCAAACCCAUGCUCUCGACGUCGCUGCUUCUCUGAUCGACUCCGCCACCAAUGUGCCCGCUUCCUUAAAGAGAAAUGCCCCCCCAUUCGUCCCGCUCCAAAAUGACUCUCGUUUCCUCUAUCUCUUGGGUCCUGUGGCGGAUUCUCAUGCUACUGCGCUUAUUCAAUCUACUUCGGCGGCCUCUCCAGCUGCGUCCACGUCAACUCCUACUCAGUCGCCUGCCACUUUCCCUUCUUCAGGAGGCAUGCAGCAACCACCAACGUCGUCGGCAUUGUCUGCUGGAGCGAGCGAGGGCUCGAAUUUGUUGAGCCGGCUGCGUCUCCAACGCGGUGGUCGGAUCGUUGGUCCCUAUGCUAUUCGACCUUGGGAGCUUCUGGAAGACGCGGCGCCUUUCGUGGGCAUCAAUGACACAGCCGUGAAUUUGGGCUACUUCGAUGCGCGACGCGUCAGGGUUUAA